UCCCCCCACCCCCCACCCCUACCUCCUCUUUGCCUGUGUCUCCUGCUUCUCCCCCUUAUCAUCGAUCUGGCCUGUCUAGUUUCUGCCACACCUCUUUCCUGACCUUUGCUCCUUGCUCCAGGCUUGUUUUCCUCCCCGCUGGCCUCCGGGCUCACUUUCACCCACAGCCUGUCCAGCCACCUCAUCAUGUGCACGGGACAGUGUGCCCGCUUCGUGGGGCUCUCCCUCAUCACCCUCUCCCUUGUCUGCAUCGUGGCGAACGCCCUCCUGCUGGUGCCUAAUGGGGAGACCACUUGGACGAAGGCGGACAAACUCAGCUUGCAAGUCUGGUUAAUGGCUGGCUUCUUCGGCGGGGGCCUGAUGGUGCUGUGUCCGGGAAUUGCAGCCGUCCGGGCAGGGGGCAAGGGCUGUUGCGGUGCAGGAUGCUGUGGGAAUCGCUGCAGGAUGCUGCGCUCGAUCUUCUGCUCGGCGUUUGGGAUGAUUGGAGCCAUCUAUUGCGUCUCAGUAUCUGGGACCGGGCUCCGAGAUGGACCCAUAUGCUCUAAGAACGGCUCUUGGGACUCCCAUUUCAAAGACACCGAAGGCUCUUAUUUGCUCAACCAAUCGCUGCUCCUGGCCGCCUCGUGCCUGGAGCUCGUGCUGUGCGGGGUGCAGGUGGUGAACGCGGCCAUGGGUGUCCUCUGCGGCGACUGCAGGAAGAAGGGCGCCCCUCAAUGAGGCUCCACUGACCACCCUGCUCGCCGCUGGACGCCCACCCGACCCACCCCCGCCUUGAAAUAAACCGUUUUGAGCUCUC